UCCCUCCAACUGGAGAGAUAACAGCAGAGCCAGAUCCAGCCCCAGAACCCACCUGCCCCUGGGACGUGACCACCAAGAACCUUCUGAGGGAGGAGAAGCCUGACUUCUUGGAGUUCCCUCCCUGGCUGGUGGCAGAGCAGUUGACACUGAUGGAUGUGGAGCUCUUCAAGAAAGUGAUGCCCCAUGACUUCCUGGACUCCAACUGGUCCCAGUGGGACAACAGGGCCAAUGAGCACCUUGCACCCACUAUCCAUGCCACCAUGACCCACUUUAGCAGAGUGGUCAAAUGUGUCAUCACCACCUGCCUCGGGGACCCGAGCAUGACGGCCCAGGACAGGGCCAGGGUGGUGGAGCUCUGGAUCCAGUUGGCCAAGGUAAGAUGUUGGAGGGUUCAGCUGUGUUCUUCCCGGGUUUCCUGA